AUGUCAACAGUGAUCAUUAAUGAAGAUUGCGAUUCUGAUCUCGAGAUCUUUAAAUAAAGAAAUCAACAAAGUAUAAAGUUCAAAGAUUUUAGUUUAACAAUUAAAAGAACAGCAAUUGCACUUUAAAGAACAAUUGCUACAACAUAUACAAAAUAAAGAUUACGAAUGUAACCUAAUCUCCCCAAUACCAUAUCCAAUGGAUCAGACCAUAAACGAAAAGAAUUAAAAUGCACUCAACCUUCUAUUAUUGAACAAAUGUCAAGACUUGGCUAGUGACCGUUCAUAGCCAUCAUCAAUUAAUUGUCUCACAACUAAAACUAGCAAGACCAAUUUAAAAGGGAACUAUUUGCAUAAGCAAAGUUACUUGCCUAAAUCCCCAUAAACUAAAUUGCCGAAUUGGACAACUACCAAACAAAAUUACAAUAAGAAUCGAAGCAACCUAAAUAAUAACAAAUCCCCUUCUAAUGUUUCUACUUGUGAACAAUAAUCAGCAAGGACUCCAGAACAACAAAAACACAAUGUUGCCAUAUUAUCACCUUCCUCUUAUAACUCAUGGUUACGGAAAGAAUUUGAGAGCAAAUCAAAAUAAUAUAAUUUGUCUUCUUUCAUUCAUAAAUCAACGUAAAAAGAAAAAAAGGUUGGAACUAACCAGAUAAUGAAAACAGAAGAAAAUGUGAAAAACAAUAAACUGAAGGAAAAGAAGUUAGAAAAUAAGGUACCUGUUGACAAACCCAAAAAGGGAUUUGAUCAAUGGUAUAAUUCAUAAAAAUAAUGGUAAGAUUGAGCUUAUUAUUUUAGGCUGAAACAAACUGAGGAGAAAAUAUUCAAAUAAAAGAUGUAAAUGGAGUAGGAAUUAAGUGAGUAAGAACAGUUUAGUUAUUUUCCUGAAAUUCAUGAUGGUUCUAGGUAUAUUGUGUAGAAGAAAUAUAAUAAUGCCAGUUUAUUAGAAAGGCAGAAAUUAUAUCAAGAUGAAUCAUAAUAAAAACAAUUAUAGAAGAAAUUAAGGGAGGAGGAGGAUAAGAAAAUUAAUUAAGUUAGAAUAAGUCCGUUGUCAAGAAAAAUACUAAGGAGUGCAUCUCCUAAAUCUGAUUGUUCUUUCACAAUUUGCAACUCAUCCAACUAAAAUUAUUCAACCAUAAUAAAAAAAUGA